AUGACCUUCAAGACCACCUUUUCCAUCCUCUACGCACUAGGGCCUGCCCUCGCCCUCGCCCAGGGAAAGCGCGGUCUCGCGUAUAACGACGGCGCCCUCGCAAAUCUCUUCAGCGAACAUAGCCAAGUCACCUGGGGUUACACCUGGGGCUACGACCGCAACGGGCUCAGCGCCUCCUUGGACUUCAACCCAAUGCUCUGGGGCCUCCCCUCCUCGCUGAACCCCCAGUGGACCGCCGCCGUUCGCGCAACCGGCGUCGAAGCCAUCCUUGGCUUCAACGAACCAGACCUCGGCUCCCAAUCGAACAUCAGCCCGGCCGACGCGGCCGCCGGCUACCUGGUGAGCAUGGAGCCAUUCGCGGGCCAGGUGCGCAUUUCGACGCCCGCGGUGACAAACGGUCCACCGCCAAACAUGGGGACUGGGUGGAUGGACCAGUUCUUCGAGCACUGUACGACUUGCACGAUUGACUUUGUGGCAAUCCACUGGUACGCCAAUAACGACCCGGAGGGCUUCAAGGCGCACGUGCAGCAGUUCUACGACAAGUACCAUCUGCCGAUCUGGAUCACAGAGUUCGCGGCCAGUGGCUCCGAGGCGGAGCAGAUUCAGUUCCUGCAGGCUGUUUUGCCGUGGCUGGAUGCGCAGCCCUAUGUUGAGCGGUAUGCCUACUUUGGUGUCUUUCCCGGGUUCCUGGUCAAUGAGGGCGGAGACGGGCUUUCGCAGCUGGGACAGGUAUAUGCGACUUACAGUGGCUAG